AUGGAAGUAGAAGCAGAAGCACAAGUUGUGAUUGUAGGAGCUGGAAUUGCUGGCCUUGCAACAUCCUUAGGACUUCAUAGUUUGAGGACAACAGGGUUUGCAUUCUCAGCAUGGACAAAUGCAUGGAAGGCAUUAGAUGCCCUUGGUAUUGGCGAUACUCUUCGCCGACAACAUGAGACACUUCAUGCUGUUACAGACCAAGCCGGAAUGCAAGAUCUUGGAGCAAAUGCUGGUGAUUUUGAUGACGAUGAAGGUGGUGGCUUGUCAUUGAAUGCCCGUUCUCGGGCAAUUCUCAUGCAGAAAUUGGAUCGCAGUGGCUCUGGAUCGGGUAUUGCUGGUCCCGCUGUCAAUUGCACCGGUGUUUCUUUACCAAUGGAACUACCAACGGCACCACUCCUGGGAGCUGCACCAGUGGUUUCUCCUCUUGUUCCUCAAAUCACCGCUGUUCCUGGUAUCGCUGGACUUGGUGUUGCUGGUCUUCAAAUUCCUACUGCUACUCUUCCUUCUAUAGAUACAAUUGGUGUUCCAAGUGAAUGUUUACCGUUGAAAAAUAUGUUUGAUCCAGCAGUUGAGACGGAACCAAACUUUGACUUGGACAUUAAAGAAGAUGUUCAGGAGGAGUGUUCAAAAUACGGGAAUUUGAGGCAUAUCUUUGUAGACAAGAAUACUGCUGGUCAUGUGUACUUACGAUUCGAGAACACACAAGCUGCGAUAAAUGCUCGGCAUGUUCUCCAUGGAAGAUGGUUUGCCGGAAAGAUGAUUGAGGCAACAUUCAUGAGCAUAAUCAAGCACAACAUGGAAGCAGAAGCAGAUGUUGUGAUUGUGGGAGCUGGAAUUUCUGGCCUUGCAACAUCCUUAGGACUUCACAGGCUGGGGAUUAGAAGCUUGGUGUUGGAAUCAUCUGAUAGUUUGAGGACAACAGGUUUUGCAUUGACAACAUGGACAAAUGCAUGGAAGGCCUUAGAUGCCCUUGGUCUUGCCGAUUCUCUUCGCCAACAACAUGUCACACUUGAUGGGAAUGUAACUUCCUCAAGAAUUACAGGGCUUCAAACGUUUGAGAUGUCAUUUAAGGCCAAAGGAAAGCACGGAGACCAUGAAAUUCGAUGCGUGAAAAGGAACUUGUUGUUGGAAGGCCUUGCAAAUGAACUCCCCAGUGGCACCAUCAGGUUCUCAUCCAAGGUGGUUUCCGUUGACGAAUCGGGCUACUUUAAGCUGGUUCAUCUCGCAGACGGGACCAUCCUCAAAGCCAAGGCCUUGGUUGGGUGUGAUGGAGUGAACUCCGUGGUGGCAAAAUGGCUCGGCUUCAAGCAGCCGGCAUUUACAGGUAGAUCUGCUAUUAGAGGUUGUGCUACCUUCAAGAGCAGUCAUGGAGUUGAUCCCAAGUUCAAUCAGUACUUUGGGAAUGGUAUUAGAUCUGGUGCCAUCCCUUGUGAUGAUACAAAUGUUUACUGGUACAUUACUUGGACUCCCUCUAGCCAAGAGAAAGAGCUAGAAGAGUACCCAGCUCAACUGAAGCAAUAUAUGUUAAGCAAGCUUGGAAAGAUACCUGAUAAAGUAAAAGCUGUGGUAGAAAACACCGAAUUGGAUGCUUUUAUAUCCUCUCCAUUGAGAUAUAGGCAUCCUUGGGAGCUUCUUUGGGGAAACAUCAGCAAAGGCAAUGCUUGUGUCGCAGGAGACGCGCUCCACCCUAUGACCCCAGACAUUGGCCAAGGCGGCUGCGCUGCAUUAGAAGACAGUGUUGUAUUGGCAAGGUGUCUUGGUGAGGCCUUGUUGAAGAACUCAGGGGGAGAAAGAAAAGAUAAGGAGGGUGAAGAAGGAAAGGAAGAGUAUGAGAGGAUUGAGAUGGGGUUGAACAAGUAUGCCAAUGAGAGGAGAUGGAGAAGCUUUGAUCUGAUUAGUACAUCUAGAGUGGUUGGUUUCUUACAAGAGAGUAAUGGAAAAUUUAUGAACUUCUUCAGGGACAAAUUUUUUUCUCCAAUCCUGGCUGGUUUGUUGUUGAAGAAGUCAGAUUUUGAUUGUGGGAAGCUCAGCAUCUCUUAA